CUCAUCCUGGGCGACCGCGAAUAGGUUGCUGUUCCACGAAUCAUUAUGUUACGGCAGGGUCUAGCAGCAGUGAAGUCCAGGGCCUGUCUUCCCUGCAGAAGAUGGCUCGCAAGCGCUGCUAGCGAGAAACAUGGGCACCUUCCUAGUUCGCAGUCUCCCAUUACAUCGAAGCUGAAGUUCUUCAAGUCGGUGACGGAGGAUGGUGGGCAAAUACCGACGUAUCGAGUUUUGGAUGGGGUUGGGAAGGUGAUUGAUGGGGCAGAGGUGCCUGAGAUCGACCAAGCAUUCGCCAGGAAGAUAUAUGAGAACAUGGUUCUCCUUCCGACACUUGACACGCUGUUAUAUAAUGUACAGCGGCAAGGGAAGAUCUCGUUCUAUAUGACUGCUUAUGGUGAAGAAGCCACUAUCAUAGGCUCAGCAGCGGCACUCGCCAAUGACGACGAAGUGCUAGGGCAAUACCGAGAAGCAGGUGUUCUCCUGUGGCGCGGCUUCGGUUUGGACAACAUCAUGGCUCAGUGCGUAGGCAACGAGGAAGAUACCUCGGGCAAGGGUAGACAGAUGCCAGUCCACUUUGGUUCCCCGAAACAUCACUUCCUCACCAUAUCCUCGCCCCUCGCCACUCAAAUCCCCCAAGCCGCCGGCGUCGCGUACGCCAUCUCCCGCUCGCCCCGCCGCGGGAAGAACUGCGCGGCAGUGUACUUCGGCGAGGGCGCCGCCUCCGAGGGCGACUUCCACGCGGGGAUGCUCUUCGCAUCGACCAUCCCUUCGCCGACGCUAUUCAUCGCGCGGAACAACGGGUUCGCGAUUUCCACGCCAGCGAAUGAGCAGUAUCACGGCGACGGGAUUGCUGCGAGGGGCCCGGGGUAUGGAGUGUGGACGGUGAGGGUUGAUGGGAACGAUGUCCUCGCUGUGUUGGGCGCUGUGAGGGAAGCAAGGAAACGAUGUAUCGAAGAGGGGAGAGGGGUGUUAGUCGAGGCUAUGACAUACAGGGUGGGCCAUCAUUCGACAUCGGACGACUCGUUCGCAUAUCGGUCAAGGUCGGAGGUAGAGGAUAAGAAGCGGAUCGACAAUCCCAUCACGCGGUUCAGGUUGUUCAUGGAGUCGCGGGGGUGGUGGUCGAGUGACGAGGAGGAGGUGCUGCGCGCGAGGCUGAAGAAGGAUGUACUCGAAGCGUUCAAGCGCGCGGAAGGGUUGCCGAGGAACGAGCUGAAGGAGCUGUUUACGGACGUAUACGGAGGGGAGGAACCGUGGAAUAUUAAGGAGCAGAGGGAAGAGUUGGCGGGGCUGCUCAAGAAAUACGGUGAUAGCUGGGAGCCUUGGAAGAAUGAGCUUGCGAGAUUUAAGAGGAAAGGUCAGGACAUACUGCAGAAGACGGACUAGUGAAUGGAUGGCUAUCACAGUACUCCUCCUUGGCACGCCAGUCCUCGGGUACCGUCUGAACUGUGCGGAACGCUGUACUUGGAAGCUGGGCUGAUCAGUAAUAUAUGUAGUGGAAGAAAUUAUUCAAGUCUUGACUGCGGGCUAGCUACGUCUGCUCUUACCG